AUGCUGAUAAAUAUAGCCAAUGCUGCUUUCAGGACCCAAAUUCAAAGAAACUUUUUAAAAACUCUCUCUUUUAAAAGAUACAAGAGCAUUUCUCCUUCAAUUGACAAAUUGCAUUCGGAACUUUCUGCCAUUGUCGGUAAAAAAAACGCUGUGUCAUCUCUCGCUGCCAGGGAGCAUCAUAAUCAUGAUGAGUCCCACCAUACUGGAGGUAGCCCUGCCAUUGUAGUGUGGCCAAACUCUGUCCAGGAGGUGUCAGAAGUGGCUAGAGCAUGUUAUCUAAAUAGUGUACCUAUGAUACCAUUCGGAACAGGCACUGGUUUAGAAGGUGGGGUUAUACCAAAAACUGAAUCAGUUACUGUGAACCUAACGAACAUGGACGCCAUUUCUGAUCUCAAUAUCGAAGAUUUUGAUGUACGAGUGCAGCCAGGCGUGACAAGAAAAGCACUGAACCGUGAAAUACGUAACACGGGGCUUUGGUUCCCUGUUGACCCUGGCGCAGAUGCUUCAAUCUGUGGUAUGGUCGCUACUGGUGCUUCAGGUACAAAUGCAGUCCGUUAUGGUACGAUUAAGCAUAACGUACUUAACUUAGAAGUUGUACUCGCUGAUGGGACAAUUUUAAACACAGGCGGCUCCAAAAGACGCUGUAGAAAAAGUUCGGCAGGGUAUAAUUUAACAGAGUUAUUUAUUGGGUCUGAAGGUACAUUAGGUUUUAUAACUUCAGCUACUGUUAGAUUACAUGGGAUGCCGGAAUCUACUUUAUCAGCAGUUUGUUCUUUUCCUUCUGUACAAGAUGCAGUUAACACAUCUAUUCAAGUGCUGCAAUAUUCAAUUCCAAUAGCGAGAAUUGAGUUUCUAGACAACGUAGCUAUCAAAGCUGUCAACAACUUCAGUAAACUGGAAAAUAAAAUAGCGCCGACACUUUUUUUGGAGUUCCAUGGUUCUGAGGCUGGGGCAAAAGAACAGGUAAAUCAGGUUGCUGAAAUUGCUGCUGCGAAUGGUGGCACUCAAUUUAAAUGGGCUGAAACAGUAGAAGAAAGAAGCAAACUAUGGCAGGCAAGACAUGAUACAUUUUAUGCAUUAUUGGCACUAAAGCCUGGUAAUAAAGGUUAUAGUACAGACGUUUGCGUGCCAAUUUCACAGCUACCUGCUGCUAUAGAGCAUUCUCUUAGCAUAGUUGAGAAGUAUGGUAUUUUAUGUGGUAUAGCCGGCCAUGUGGGGGACGGAAAUUAUCACUGUCUUUUGAUGUUGGAUUCUGACAACGAAAGCGAAGUUUUGAGAGCAAAAAUGGCCGCUGAGGAAAUUGGAAGAAAGGCUAUUUUUCUAGGAGGGAGUUGUACAGGGGAGCAUGGCAUUGGGAUCGGGAAAAGGGAGUUAUUAAAAGAGGAAGUGGGAUUGGAGACGUUGAAUGUCAUGAAGGGGAUCAAAAAUGUCCUCGACCCCAGAAACCUUAUGAAUCCAUUUAAAGUUAUUUAA